AAAUUCAUGUUCUGGGCUAAAAUUUCCAAGUGUAUUUCAGAUUUGGCAACCAAGGAAAGUAAAAAUGGACAAGAAGGAUCUCUUAGGUAUGAUCAGGUGGACAUGUGGCAGCCCAGCAGCACCUUCCACAUCGUCGAAGGUACGGUCACCGACGUGCGAGUACCACAGAACACGUCCCGAAGUCUGCUGCCCUACCUCCAGCAAGCAAACAUCCAGUACACGAUUCUCAUAUCAGACCUGCAGAAAGCAAUAGAAAACCAAACUGGAUUGAGGUCACAUAGGAAUCGAAGGUCCCUUUCUGAGUAUAACUAUGAAGUGUAUCACUCCCUGGAAGAAAUCCAGAGUUGGAUGCAUCAUCUGAAUAAAACUCAUUCAGAUCUUGUUCACAUGUUCUCUGUUGGGAAAUCCUAUGAAGGGAGACCACUGUUUGUACUCAAGUUAGGUAAAACAUCACGGCCCUACAAGAAAGCUGUCUGGAUAGACUGUGGGAUUCAUGCAAGAGAGUGGAUUGGCCCUGCCUUUUGCCAGUGGUUUGUGAAAGAAGCUCUUCAGACAUACCAGACUGAUCCUGUCAUGAGAAAGAUGCUAACUCAGCUGUAUUUCUAUAUCAUGCCUGUAUUUAAUGUGGAUGGAUAUCAUUUUACCUGGACAAAUGAUCGAUUUUGGAGAAAAACAAGAUCAAAGAACACAAGGUUUCGGUGUCAUGGUGUUGAUGCUAAUCGCAACUGGAAAGUGAAGUGGUGUGAUGAAGGUGCUUCAUUUCACCCAUGCGAUGACACCUACUGUGGUCCCUUUCCCGAGUCUGAACCUGAAGUAAAGGCUGUUGCUCAUUUUCUCCGCAAACAUCGGAAACAAGUAAAAGCCUAUUUGUCCUUCCAUGCAUAUGCACAGAUGCUGCUGUACCCUUACUCUUACAAAUAUGCAACUAUUCCAAACUUCAGCUGUGUGGAAUCAGCAGCCUAUAAUGCUGUUAAUGCUCUUCAGUCAGCCUACGGUGUAAGAUACAGAUAUGGUCCUGCAUCUAGCACUUUGUAUGUGAGUUCAGGUAGCUCUAUGGACUGGGCCUACAAAAAUGGCAUCCCCUACGCGUUUGCAUUUGAGCUGCGUGACACCGGCCAUUUUGGAUUUUUACUUCCCGAGACACUGAUCAAACCAACCUGCACCGAGACCAUGCUUGCAGUUAAAAAUAUAACUCUUCAUCUGCUGAAGAAAUGUUAUUGA